AUGAAUGAAACAUUGUUGCGAAUCCAGGUGAUGAUCUAUGCAAUUGAGGAGAUCAAUAAUUCUUCACUCCUACCAAAUGUGAAACUUGGAUACGAAAUCUAUGACACUUGCCUUGAUGUAUCCUUUGCUUUGAGAAGUACACUGAAACUAAUGGAGAAAACUGAUGACAAACUGAUAGGCUGUGCUGAUGAGAAAGACAAUAUCACAUCCACAAAGAACAUUAAGGCAGUGAUCGGAGAGUGGUUGUCUGAAAUCUCAAUCGCUGUGGCACGUCUUCUAGCUCUAAAUCUAACUCCACAGAUAAGCUAUGCGGCCACAAGUCAGAUACUGAGCAGGAAGGAAAAGUUCCCAUCAUUCUUACGCACUACUCCGAGUGACCUGAUUCAGGCCAGAGCCAUUACAGAGUUGGUGAAAAGUAUGAAUUGGACAGCUGUUGGCAUCUUUGGGAGCGAAGAUGACUACGGGAAAUACGGUUCAGAACAACUUAAUGAUAACUUCAAAAAUGAUGAUGUCUGUGUGGAAUUUAAAAUAGUUUUGCCUGCAGACUUUGAAAAGAAUAACGCAACACUCAGUACUGUUUUGGACAAGAUUCAAAAUUCUUACACAGAGGCCAUUGUGAUUUUCACUCAUGAGCACAAUGUGAGGAGAAUCUUUGAAGGAGCCAUUAAACGAGGGAUCCGUAAGACAUGGAUAGCGAGUGAUGCUUGGUCCACAUCAAAGAAUAUAAGUAAAAUGCCCAAUAUUCAAAAAGUUGGAAGAGUCAUUGGUGUGAUUAUUGAAAGAAACAAAGUGCCAGGAUUUGAUGAUUACCUCGUCCACCUCGCCUCCAAAAAGAAUUUUAAUAGCACCUUUUUAUACGAGUACUUAACUAACUACAGCAUGUGUGUUGGAUUAAGCUCUCAAAAUCCAAAUGGCUGUUUGUCUUCUGGCUCAGUGAAGAACUGUGUUGACGCUCAAUGCUUGCAGAACAUGUACAAACAGGAUGAAUCUUAUGAGCCACACAGCAUCUAUCUUGCUGUAAAAGUAAUAGCUCAAGCUUUGAAAAACUUGCUCAAGUGCAACAACGAGACAUGUGAAAACACCAACACCUUUCAAGCCUGGGAGCUACUGGAGGAGAUUAAGCAAGUCAAUAUAUCUGUGACCAAUGACAGUUACCUAACUUUCAACAAGAAUGGAGACCCAACUGUUGGAUAUGACAUUUUUGACUGGGAAAUUAAUGAAAAGGGGGUCAAUUUGGUGGUAUUUGGAACCUAUGAAAGUGAUCGAAUCCAUCUUAACAAAAUCGACAAUGAAACCGAUGAUAUGGUAACUCCUCCAGCAAUGGAGUGUAAAAGUUGCGGUGACCAUGAGUAUUCCAACGAUAACAAGACGGGGUGUGUGACCAAAACCAAUAAAUAUCUGGAAUGGAACGAUCCCUUCUCGAUCAUCUUGGUUUCAUUUGGAUCCAUCGGGAUAGUCCUCACUUUGAUGGUUCUUGUUUUGUUUGCCGUGUACAGGACCACACCAAUUGUGAAAGCCACAGGGAAAUAUAUUUGCUUUGUCGCGCUGCUUGCUCUCUUGGGGUGUUUUUGUAGCGUUAUGCUUUUUCCAGGCCUACCCUCCAAUGUGUCCUGUAUGGCUGGGUUGCCGCUCUUUGCUAUAUCUUUCACGAUCUGUGUAUCCUGUGUUCUGGCCAACCUGCUUCAGAUCUUUGCUGGUUUUGCCUUCAAACUGAAUUUUGGGAACUGGAUUAAGCGUCUCAACAAACCCGCUGCGGUGGUAAUGGCUUGCUCGAGUGUGCAGAUAGUCUUGUGCAUACUGUGGCUAACACUUUACCCCCCUCAACAGCGUGAAAACAACAGACAUGUACGUGAAAUCCUGAUCGAAUGUCACGUAGUGUCUGUCGGUUUCUUUAUAGGCACUUUAGCGUACAUUGCCUUUCUUGCCGCUCUCUGUUUUCUUUUUGCAUUCAAGGGAAAACAGUUACCAGAUCUUUAUAAAAACGCCAGCUUUAUCACUAUUAGCAUGCUCAUCUACCUGGUGGUAUGGAUGAUUUUCAUACCGGUUUAUGUAAAUAUGUCUGGAGUGUAUAAAAGAGCAAUAGAGGCAACCGCCAUUUUAAUGUCUAGUUACAGUCUCCUUACUUGUUACUUUGGGCCUAAAUGUUACAUCAUUCUGUGGAAAAGUCAGCUGAAUGAGGAGAAAGCUAUUACAGAACAUGUCCGUCAACAUUAUAAUAAUAAAAGAGUGAGCACUGUGACGUCUUAA